UUGCCGCCGCCCCCUCCUGUGCCGCGCCACCUCUACCACCGCCGCCCCCUCUCCUGCGCCGCACCCCUCUACCGCCAGCGGCCCCUCUCUGCGUCGCCUUCCUCCCGCGCGGGGAUCCGAGCCCGGAUCCGCGCCCUGCCCCUGAUCCGCACCGCCGCCUCCCUGAUCCGUGCACUGCUCCUUGGCCCACCGCCUCCCCGAUCCACGUCGACCAGCAGCGCGGGGACUCCGACCGUCGACCCAAUCGCAGCGAUCCCUCAAACCCUAACCUCGACGGGUUGAGUCUUCACACCCCCCCCCCCGCGCCCCACCCCCGAGAUCAGAUUACGGUUUCGGUGUUCUUCCUCUUAUUCAGGACCUGCCAGGGCGAAGAUGACGAAGAAGUCGCGGUGUAGGAGCCGCCGAUCUCCCGAUGCCGCCCCUCGGGAGCCCCCAGGACCAACCCCCUCUCCUGGUCGAUCAGGAUAACCCGGCUCGUCCGAUCGAUCUGGAGAAGGAGCCGCCUCCUCUGCAGCAGUCGAUUCGGGACCUGCCAGGGCGAAGAUGACGAAGAAGAAGCGGUCGCGGUUUAGGAGCCGCCGAUCUCCCGAUGCCGCCCCUCGGGAGCCCACAGGACCAACCCCCUCUCCUGGUCGAUCAGGAGAACCCGCCUCGUCCGAUCGAUCUGGAGGAGCCUCCUCCUCUGCAGCAUCUGCCGCGGAUCGAGAGUGUAAGCAGUGGAAGCAGAGGAACCAGGCGGGAGACCGCUCGCCGUCCCCUGUUGAAGAAACCGCCGUGAGGCCGAAGCAGCGGCGCAAGAAGGAGAAGCGACACCUCCCUCAUCCUGGUCCCGAAGAUGAUGCCUUGCGGAAGGAGGACUCCUGCCCAUCCCUCAGGAUCUCGCAGGCCAGAGACCGCUGUGCCAACUUGCAAAAAGCAAGAGAGGCCGCUUCCGACCCUCCUGCUGAGAAGAAAAAGGGCAAGCGCGAUGGUGGACCUCGAGCGCUGAGCAUGAGACCUCGACCACGCCAUGUCUGGAUAUGCAAGUCAGAGCAGGAGCAGCAGCAGCAGCAGCAUGAUAAGGCCUCCAGUCAAUAUCUCAAGAUCUUGCCAGUGCCAGCCACUGACCUCUGUGCCAACUUGCAAGAAGCAGGAGAUGGCUCUGCUGCUCCACCUACAGAGGAAGGAAGCAUGAAGCACACCUUGCUGCUUGAGGGGCGUCUCAAGAAGAAAGGUUGCAUUGAUGAUGCAAAUCUAGUGAUGGAAAAGUCUGGUAUGCCUCCUAGCCACAGCAGCAGCAUGUCAGGAGAAGCCCAGGAAGAAACCUCCAUUGAUGUGGAGGAAGCAAGCUCACCACUGAGUGUGGAGAAGCAGCCAAAGCCAACUUCUUCUGUCGAUCAUGGCAAGGUGGCACUGGAUGAAGAUGAAGAAGGACGUUCUGGCAAAAAUCCUCCUCCUGUGGCGCUCAACGAGAUUAUUACACAUGAUGAAGAUGGUCAAAACUCUGAUAAGAUCGGUGUCCAGGCCAUUGAGGACUACAAACAAGAACAAGAAAGAAUAAGAGGGGAAGCACAAGCCCUCCUUGAACUAGACAUGGACGACGUUGCAGAGAAGAUAUGGUAUUACUCAAGGCAGUUAAACCAUGACCCUCCCGAGGUGGACCCUGAUUAUAUGACGGAAUAUGAGCCACAGGAGCUCAUUAAGCUUAAUGAGCGGCUAGCGUUGUACCGCAUCAGGGCGUACGAGUUAUCAGUUGAUGAGAAGUUGGAUGAGCUGGAUGAUGGAAGUCUGACACAGCACUAUCCUCCAUCCGUUCUUAAUGAUGAGGGGUACUUUAGGUACUACGAGGAGAGUCUUGAAUGGUACUUCAAUGAUGAACUCUGCAACUACGCUGGCUUUGAGGACUACCAGCAUAUAGUGCUUCGUAGUUAUGGUGAGUAUCUUGAUUGGAGUUGUUACAGCAAAACUCGUAAUACCUAUGCAGAAGACCUAGCAUAUGUCCAAUAUUGUGAAGCCAUAGAAAAUGAGACUAAGUGGAUUGAAGGUUAUCUGCUGGACAACACACUUCCGUGGGAAAGAGUUCAAAAUGUGGCACGUGUUCAAGCACUGAAGAUUGCAGCAGGCUUUCCCAAUGUUUCCCCAAGAUUAGUUUUCUCCGGUUUCCGAGAACAUAUGUGGAGUGUUAAGUUUGAUUUCAGGCAUAAGGGAUUGGAUGCUGUCUAUUUCGAGAUCUGGAAGCGGGUUGCUAAGCAAAAGAUGGAUUUCAGAGAAGCUCUGUUGGAAGUAUAUCAUGGAAAAAUGUUUCCCUCGUGGAUUCUUGAUAUUGAUCUAGAGCUUGAAAAUACCACUCGAGCGAGAUUCUCAAUGAAAGAUAAGUAUAAUGCUUACGUGGCCUGCAUUGAUGAUUUGGUUUCAGAGGAUGCAGCUCAUCCAUUGAUCACAGAGGCCGUAAAAAAAAUGAUUUCAAAACCAAAGAUCUACGUGGACUACGCAAGGAAAAAGUUAGAUAUUGCAAAACAAAUUGGUUUGACUACCAAAGGGGCAAGACCACAGGCCACUCCGGCAGCAUAGUCACAAAGUUACUGGGUUGACCGGGUCGAGGAACGGGGUCGACGGUCGAGGGUCGUCACAUUAUAAAAUUGUGGUACGAAGGGGGUAUACCUCUGUGGAACGAUAAAUUAUUAUGUGGAACGUGACCCUAAUUCAUCCGGGUCGAUAUUUUCGGGUCGAUGCGUCUUUAAAAAGACAAAAACUAUAUAUGUGCUACUAAUGAAGAAACUAAUCUGCACAAGCAUAUAAGAAAUGUAUAAAAAGAGUACAUUUAGACCAUAGUACACGUACUCGGCUCAUUAUCUAACAAAAACCACACCUUUAACCUUCUUAUCCCAAUUAAAUCUGCUAGUAAUGGGGCUGCGACCUCUCUCAAACCGGGAUGCGAUCCAAUCUUGAAUGGGACACUGACCCACUUUGACCCCGACCCUCGAAUCGGAACGGCGUUCCCGGGUCGUGGGACGAGGCAUCGACCCCGAAUCCUGUGACUAUGCUCCGGCAUGCAGGGGAGGCAAUGGCGGAGCAAAGCUUGAGUUGGACAGCUAAUAAGGAAUAAAAAUAGGCUACCGGUGCUAGGUUCACUAUCUAUGUCGUAAUAUUUAUUAGGUUCACUGUCUAUGUGGCUCUGAUAAAUACCCUGGUGUUGGUAUGGGUAAAAAAAAGUUAUUGUUCGGUAAAUUUUCAUAAAUGGAGUGAAGAAUGGGAGAGCCUUUUUAUGAUGGAACUAGAUAAUAUUUUUCUUAUGAUUGUUAAAUAAAGAUGCUUGUGGCUGCUACCUGACUUGGUAUCUAUAUGAUCUAUGAAUCAAAAUGCUAUUUACUUAA